AUGAGGAGAAGACAGAGGAGACAAAGCUCGAAUAUAUUCCACAUGCUGACGAAAAACCAGAUAGUCGAGCUUCGGGAAGCCUUCAACUUCAUGGAUGUAAACAGCGAUACGUUUGUUGAUAGGGGGGAUUUGGAAAACUUUCUUGCAUCGAUAGGGUCACCUUUUUCGGAGAGUGAGAUCGAUGAAAUGAUGGCUGAGGGGGGAGACAGCAUGACAUACAUGCUGUUUCUGACGAUGAUAGGAGAAAGGCUCAGCUGCACAGAUUCGGAAAAGAGCAUCUUCAAUGCACUAAAAGAGUUUGACGAUAACGGAGACGGUACAAUUGACGAAAAGGUACUGAGGGAAUGGCUGACGGAAAAAGGGGACCGAAUGGCAGAUGAGGAUGUUAAUUUGCUCCUAAGAGACUGCGUAGAAAAUGGAAGAAUUGACUGUAGAAGCCUUACAACCAAAAUGAAAUACGGGGAAAUCAUCAACGAAUAA